GCAGUCAUUCGAUAGUACUUCUCUAGCGAACUUCUAUCAAGCGGUAGCAGUGAAUUUCACUUGGAUCGUUACAAUUGAAUAAACAUUCUCUAGAGCAAGUAAUCCGUUUGCUGUUUAUAAAUAAGCAUUUGUGAAUAUCUUGAAUCAGUGAUUUAAUUUGUUGAUUAAACUGAUUGAAGUUGAAAAUAUAUCAAAAAUACAAGAAUGAAAGGUCAGAGUGUUCGAGUGUUAUUCCUAAUAACAUUGCUUAUUUCAUUGGCAAAUGCAUUUCAUCAUAAACUCCAUCAUCCGAAUUACGUGCCGAAUCGUUCGGUGAUGGUCCAUUUAUUCGAAUGGAAAUGGAACGACAUAGCUGAUGAGUGUGAACGGUAUUUGGCACCGAACGGCUUUGCGAGCGUACAAGUGAGCCCAGUGUCGGAAAAUGUGAUUGUCGAAAAUCGACCGUGGUGGGAACGGUAUCAACCGAUUUCAUAUAAACUUGUCACCCGAUCCGGAGACGAAAACGAAUUCAUGUCAAUGGUUGAUCGAUGCAAUCGAGUUGGUGUACGAAUUUACGUCGAUGUCUUGAUCAAUCAUAUGACUGGCAAAGAGGGAAAAAGUACUGGAACCGGUGGCUCAACAGCCGAUGUGGAUAAUUUGUAUUUUCCUGCCAUUCCAUAUGGCCCAGAAGAUUUUCACUUUCCGCUUUGUACCAUUAAAAACUGGAACGAUCCAAUUGAAGUUAGAGUCUGUGGACUAGUCGGUCUACCCGAUUUGAAUCAAACGAAUGAAAGAACUCGUGAUAUGAUCGUGCAAUCUAUGAAUGAAUUGUUGGCAAUGGGUGUAGCUGGUUUUCGUGUAGAUGCAGCAAAACAUAUGUGGCCGCAUGAUUUGUAUGAAAUUUACGGCCGGCUAAAUGAUCUCAGUACAGAAGCGUUCCCGGCGAAUUCCAGGCCAUUCAUCUACCAAGAAGUCAUCGAUCUCGGUGGAGAAGCAAUCAAAAAUACCGAGUACUCAGGCUUGGGAGUGGUGACGGAGUUCAAGUUUGCACAUGAAAUCGGAAAAGCAUUCAAGGGCCGCAAUGAUUUAAAAUGGCUGCGCAAUUGGGGAUCCGACUGGGGUUUUCUGCCGUCACAAGAUGCAUUGGUUUUUAUUGAUAAUCAUGAUAGUCAACGUUCCAAUGAACACAAUAUUUUGACACACCAAUCGCGUGAACGAUACAUUAUGGCCACGGCAUUUAUGUUGGCGCACCCGUACGGUCAUCCACAAGUAAUGAGCUCAUUUGAAUUCGAGUCGUUCGAUCAAGGACCACCAACCAAUGUCAAUGGCGAAAUAAUUUCGCCGAAAAUUAAUUCGACCAGUGAACAGUGUGAGAAUGGCUGGGUGUGUGAGCAUCGUUGGCCGGAAAUUCGUAAUAUGGUUAAGUUUCGAAGCGUUGUUGGCACUGCACCAGUCGCAUCGUGGUGGGACAAUAAUCGCAAUCAAAUUGCCUUUUGCCGUGGUACUCGCGGCUUCGUUGCCUUCAACAUUGAACCAUUCGAAAUGAACGCAAAACUAUUCACCUGCAUGCCGUCCGGCGUCUACUGCGACAUUAUUACCGGGCAACUAGAUGCCAAUGGCAAAUGUACCGGCAACCAAAUUGCGGUCGAUGAAAACGGAGAGGCAGACAUUCGACUCGCGUCCGGCAUCGGUGUGCUUGCCAUUCAUAUUGGGAAAUUGAUUGAAGUUAAAAAUAGAUUAAUCGUGAUCAGAAAAACUAUGAAGGGUCAGAGUACAGUUGUUCGAGCAUUGUUCCUAAUAACAUUGCUAAUUUUAUUGGCAAAUGCAUUUCAUCAUAAAUUCCAUCAUCCGAAUUACGUACCGAAUCGUUCGGUGAUGGUCCAUUUAUUCGAAUGGAAAUGGAACGACAUAGCCGAUGAGUGUGAACGAUAUUUGGCACCGAACGGCUUUGCGGGUGUACAACUGAGCCCAGUGACGGAAAAUGUGAUUGUCGAAAAUCGACCGUGGUGGGAACGGUAUCAACCGAUUUCAUAUAGACUUGUCACCCGAUCCGGAGACGACAAUGAAUUCAAGUCGAUGAUUGAUCGAUGCAAUCAAGUUGGUGUACGAAUUUAUGUCGAUAUCGUGUUCAAUCAUAUGACUGGCAAAGAGGGGAAAAUUACUGGAACAGGUGGCUCAACAGCCGAUGUUGAUAAAUUCGAUUAUCCGGGCAUUCCAUAUGGUCCAGAGAAUUUUCACUUUCCUGCUUGUAACAUAAACAAUUACGACAAUGUAUUCGAAGUUAGGAACUGUGAAUUGGUUGGUCUACCCGAUUUGAAUCAAGCAAACGGACAAACUCGUGACACAAUCGUGCAAUUCAUGAAUGAAUUGUUGGCAUUGGGUGUAGCUGGAUUUCGUAUAGAUGCAGCAAAACAUAUGUGGCCGCAUGAUUUGUACGAAAUUUAUAGUCGACUAAAUAAUCUCAGUACAAAAGCAUUUCCGGCGUAUUCCAGACCUUUCAUUUAUCAAGAAGUCAUCGAUCUCGGUGGAGAAGCAAUCAAAAAAACGGAGUACUCGGGCAUGGCAGCGGUGACGGAGUUCAAGUUUUCAGAAGAAAUUGGUAGAGCGUUCAAAGGCGGCAACGAUUUAAAAUGGUUGCGCAGUUGGGGACCCGAUUGGAAUAUGUUGCCGUCAAAAGAAGCGUUCGUUUUUGUUGAUAAUCAUGAUAAUCAACGUUCAAACAACGUCAAUAUUUUGACACACAAAUCGCGUGAACGAUACAUCACGGCCGUAGCAUUUAUGCUGGCACAUCCAUACGGUCAUCCACGAAUAAUGAGCUCAUUUAAAUUCGAUUCAUUCGAUCAAGGACCACCAGCCGAAGUCGAUGGCGAAAUAAUUUCGCCGAAAAUUAAUUCGACCAGUGAACAGUGUGAGAAUGGCUGGGUGUGUGAGCAUCGUUGGCCGGAAAUUCGUAAUAUGGUUAAGUUUCGAAGCGUUGUUGGCACUGCACCAGUCGCAUCGUGGUGGGACAAUAAUCGCAAUCAAAUUGCCUUUUGCCGUGGAACUCGCGGCUUCGUUGCCUUCAACAUUGAACCAUUCGAAAUGAACGCAAAACUAUUCACCUGCAUGCCGUCCGGCGUCUACUGCGACAUAAUUACCGGGCAACUAGAUGCCAAUGGCAAAUGUACCGGCAACCAAAUUGCGGUCGAUGAAAACGGAGAGGUAGACAUUCGACUCGCGUCCGGCAUCGGUGUGCUUGCCAUUCAUAUUGGGGCAAGAGUUGACUUCCAACCAGAAGUUAUCAUUCGAUACUAAUUGCAUAUCAUAUGUGAUGGGAAGAGCACCUGUGUGACAGAGAGAAA